AUGGAUCCAAGAGAGCCGGCGGGAGAACAGGAAGACGAAGCUGAGGAGGCCAAGCCGAAACCCAAGCCAUCCUUCACGUGUCCUCUAAUUCCACCAAAGAUUCCAGACGGAGAGAAAGUCGACUUUGAUGACAUCCAUCGGAAGCGCAUGGAGAAAGACCUGACCGAGCUGCAGAGUCUGAUUGAAGCCCACUUUGAGAACCGCAAGAAAGAGGAGGAGGAGCUUAUAGGCCUCACCGAACGCAUUGAGAAACGCAGGGCUGAGCGAGCAGAACAGUUACGCAUCCGGGCAGAGAAGGAGAAAGAACGCCAGAACAAACAAGCUGAGGAGAAGGCGCGUAAAGAGGAGGAGGAAGCGAAGAAGAAAGCCGACGACGACGCCAAGAAAAAGAGGGUCCUGACUAGUCUCCACGUGACUGGAUACAUGCAGAAGGAGAGGCGCAGCGGGCCAAAAAAGCAGACCGAGAGAGAGAAGAAGAAGAAGAUUCUCAGCGAUCGACGCAAAGAGUUGAACAUCGCUCAACUGAAUGAGGAUAAACUCAGAGAGAAGGCCAAAGAGCUGUGGCAGUGGAUGCACCAACUGGAGUCUGAGAGCUUUGAGCUUCAGUACAAGCACACACGACAGAAAUAUGAGGUCACAGUUCUCAGGAAUCGAGUGACCGACCACCAGAAGAUCUCCAAAGGCUCACGGAGCAAGAGAGGCCUCAGGAAAUGAAACUCUGCGACGAGACGAGACUCCUGAGAAUGUGCUUCAGAGGGCAGAGCGGCACAUGCAGACAGAGCGUGCCCUUGGAGUCUGGUCUGGUGCUCCAUGACGUAGACUGGAUUGUUGUGUAGGAACACUUGACAUGUUCAUUACUGUAGCUUUGUGUUCAGUGAUUCAGUAAAAAGAAAA